AUAUUAUCAGUUAUGAAGCGUCGAUCCAAAUUGAAAAAGCGUGGGUAAACGUGCGGCAUGCCUACUGACCUACUGCGAUUCCAACUUCCAAGGCCAGUUUAAUCUCUUCAAUCUUCGGCUUCGCUUGAAUAGCUUCUAUGGAAAAUCCAAACGACACCAUCGUCCAUCUCUCCCGAUGCCAACGCCCUAAUGUUUAGUUCACAUUCUUCUAUUUCUAGUUCAAGUUUUUUUGAAACAGCAGUAGCAGCAAUCGAGAUUAGUGGAAAUUGGAUUUCUUUUGAUAACAAAGACUCUAAGAGAGCAGCUAAGCAGAUUACAAAUUUCUCACUUCUGUUGAAUGAGGAUAUAAACAACCAAGAGAGAGCUGAAACCUUCUAUGCAUACAAAUAUGAUGUAAGAAACCUUUCCGUGAAACUCUGGCUAGUAGUAGUACAUCUUGGGCAUCUACAGGGUGCACAAUGGGCAUACCUCUCAUAG